AACGAUUCCGACACCAGACCCGUGAUCGAAAGAGGUCCGAUCGAUCCUGCUUGUCUCGAACCGCUGACCCUGCUUCGUUGUCUCGGAGUCGCUCUACCCCAAUCGCUGCCCUCACCACAACCACAACCACAACCACAAAGGAAAAGCCCACGCAACCACAGGAAACCUCCCCCCCCCACACACACACACCACCAAUCGAAAAACCACCAUGCUGUCUCGGGUUCUUCCCGCCGCGAGGUCGCGGUGGCACUCGGCCUAUUCCCAUGCCCGACGCCGCUGUGCCUCUUCCGGUUCCGGCACCACCACGGCGCCCUCGUCGGUCUCCUUCGAAAAGAUGGAAACCGACAAGCGGUACAAGCCCACGACGGACGUCCCGGAGUCCCUUCUGUCGUCCCCCGAGGGAAGCCCCAGCCCCUUUUCGAUCCGGGGGCAGUUCCGGGAGGGACGGGCGGCCUACCUGGACAUGUCGGCGACCACGCCCAUGGACCCCCGCGUCCUGGACGCCAUGGGACCCUACAUGGUGGGCUCCUACGGAAACCCCCACUCAAAGACCCACGCCUUUGGGUGGGAGGCGGAGGCCGCCGUGGAGAAGGCCCGGGCACAGAUCGCGGCCCUGAUCUCCGGGGAUCCAAAGGACAGCGAAAACGAAAACGAGAACCAAACCGAGAGCGGGGCGCCCAAGAAGAAGCGGGGCCGCCGGAAGGGCGUCGACCCGAAGGAGAUCAUCUUCACCUCGGGCGCGACGGAAAGCAACAACCUCAGCAUCAAGGGGGCGGCCCAUUUCUACAAGAAACGGGGAAAGCACGUCAUCACCACCCAGACGGAGCACAAGUGCGUUCUGGACAGCUGCCGGAGCCUCGAGAUGGAGGGAUACGAGGUGACCUACCUGCCCGUCCAGGCCUCCACCGGUCGUGUCGACAUGAAAGACCUCGAGGCGGCCGUCCGGGACGACACCAUCCUGGUCAGCGUCAUGGCCGUCAACAACGAGAUCGGGACCCUCCAGCCCCUGCGGGAGAUCGGGGAGCUCUGCCGGUCCCGGAAGAUCGUCUUCCACUGCGACGCGGCGCAGAUGCUCGGCAAGAUGCCCCUCGACGUGGACGAGUACAAGAUCGAUCUCAUGUCCAUGUCCUCCCACAAGAUCUACGGACCGAAGGGGAUCGGGGCCCUCUACGUCCGGCGGCGCCCCCGGGUCCGCCUCGAGCCCAUUUUCUCCGGGGGCGGCCAGGAACGCGGCCUGCGCUCCGGGACCCUCCCCCACGCGCUCUGCGUCGGCUUUGGCCACGCCUGCGAGCUGGCGGCCCGGGAACGGCCCUUUGACGAGGAGUGGAUCGGGUACCUCUCCGAGAAGCUCCGCAGGGGCAUCGAGGAAUCCAUCCCCGACGUCGUCCGCAACGGCGACCCCGACCACAACUACCCGGGCUGCCUCAACUACAGCUUUGCCUACGUCGAGGGAGAGUCCCUCCUGAUGGCCCUCAAGAACAUUGCCGUCUCCUCGGGGUCUGCCUGCACCUCGGCGAGCCUGGAGCCCUCCUACGUGCUGCGGGCCCUGGGGGUGGACGACGAGCUGGCACACUCGAGCCUGAGGUUCGGGAUCGGCCGGUUCACGACCGAGGAAGAGGUGGACUUUGUCCUGGAGCUCCUCCGGAAGCACGUCGUCCGCCUCAGAGAGAUGAGCCCCCUGUGGGAGAUGGUCCAGGAGGGCAUCGACCUCAAGGAAAUCCAGUGGUCCCAGGACGAGCACCACCACCACCACUAGUUGCAGGACCGGGAAUAGUACGCGAUAGUCUACGAUUCGAAUCACAACCACGGUUAUAAUUACUUGUAAGAUAGUAGCAGUUUUUUAGCCGCACGCACCGACUUCGAGCAUAGAGGGCCCGGAGAUGCAUAUAUAUUAUACUUGAAAUGUAUACAUAUCCCUCGCCAGGUGCGAACCGUAGGAACCGAAUUAUCGCACAGAAUGCUAUGUGAGCAUAGCGAUGGAAGCGGAUUGCACUCGAAACAACGAACCAUUCUUUCGAACAGGCCCGGCGCAGAUGUUUCCAUCGCGGUGGUAUGGUGGGUCCGAUGGCGAGCGGCACCAAACAGAAAACCCCGUGUUUGUGGAACCCCCGUUUGGUCACAGAAUCUCCGCUGGGAGCGGAGUUGCUGGCAGAGCCUUCCGUACGGUGCGGCCCGGUUUGCGCCGGAACCGAUGGGUCCGCGAAAUCCUCUCCGCAACAAACGCACGUCCGUACG